CAUAUCUUGGAAAUCUGCUAGUAGCAUAUUUUCCCAAUAUUUUAUGUGUGCCCAUUACAACAGUACUAUUGAUAGGUCUCUUUUGUGUAGAUUGUCAUUGAGAUUGUCGUUCGGGAUUUUACAGAAUCGUAAAUGUCAGAUAAUUGUCUGAGAUAAGUCGAUGGAAAAUAGGACUCAAUCACGUUAAUAAUAUAUUAAUUCACCUGCUGCAGUCAUGCAAACUAUUGAGUUCAGCAAACUGAAUGAUGGUCCUGUAGACAUUGUAGUGUAACAUUAAUGGAAUCAGAUCAUAUUUUAUCUGAAAAUAGUGUAAAGUAAAACUAGAAAAGUAACACAAGUUUAUAUGAAUUGUACUGUGUAGCCUAUCGGUACUAUAAUUAUGUCAAGCCUUGUGGAUUAUCAAGUUUUAAACUUGCUUGGUAAAGGAGCAUUUGCUUGUGUGUAUAGGGCAAGAUCGAACAAAACUGGUGUGGAAGUAGCUAUUAAAAUGAUUGAUAAAAAGUUGAUGAAAGCAGCUGGUAUGGUGACAAGAGUGAAAAAAGAAGUAGAAAUUCAUUCAAGAUUAAAACAUCCAUCAAUACUUGAGCUUUACAAUUAUUUUGAAGACAGUAAUUAUGUGUACCUCGUAAUAGAAAUGUGUCAUAAUGGAGAAUUACAGCGAUUUCUUAAAUCAAACUGUAAAGUUUUAACGGAAGAUGAAGCACGUCAGUUCAUGAAACAGAUAGUAGAAGGAAUGUUUUAUCUUCAUUCACAUGGUAUAUUACAUCGUGAUUUAACACUGUCCAAUCUUCUCUUGAGUAAAGACAAUAAUGUGAAAAUUGCUGAUUUUGGGUUAGCUACUCAACUGACUGUACCAGAUGAAAAACAUUUUACAAUGUGUGGUACACCAAACUAUAUAUCACCUGAAGUGGCUAUGAGAAGUGCCCAUGGUUUAGAAGCUGAUGUUUGGUCGUUAGGGUGUAUGCUGUAUACAUUUUUAGUGGGGAAACCCCCGUUUGAUACAGAUGCUGUAAAGAGUACUUUAAAUCGUGUUAUUUUAGCAGACUAUGAAAUACCAGUUAAUCUAUCACCAGAAGCUAAGGAUCUCAUACAAUGUUUAUUACGUAAAAAUCCUAAAGACAGAAUAUCUUUAAAAGAUCUGGUGAAACAUCCUUUUAUGACUAAAGCCAGCAUACAAACAUCAAGGAAAAUUUCAAAAAAGUCAGCUGAGAUGUCAAUGGAUAGUGGACAAGGUACUAUGUCAUCUCGUACAACAUCUAGUAGCAGUAGAUCUAAACCAUUUCCAGCAUUUCCUAUCACCGAAAUUUCAGAAAUAGAAGAAAAUUUUCAAAAAUUUACACAUCAAGUGUCUAAAAACUCUAAAGGUGGUUUUAGACAUCCUCCAUCCCCUCCAGUAAGAUUACGUGACAGUGACAGGGAAUCGGAGAUGCUUCGUAUGAAAAUGAACCAUUUUUAUGGUCAGGUUAUGUCAUCAGAUUAUCAUACGUUUGCAGAAAAUGGUUCUAAAUUCACAAAUCAUCAGUUUGAUCCAUCAAGAUAUACCGAAAAUUCACAAGCAUCGAGUUCUUCUAGUUGGUCAUGUGGUGGUACAUCUGUACAUAGUAGUGUUAAUAAUAGUAAAACACAGCCUAGUUUAAACACAUUAUCAGACACAAAUAGUUCUCAUGGACAGAUAAACCCAACUAAAAACUAUCUUAGUCAUAGUUCAGAUUUAUCAUCUGAAGGUGAUAGUGAAUUUAGUCUGCAAAAUACUAAACGUGUGCUAAGUUUUAACUCUGACUCAAAACCUAAUAGUUUACAUGACAAAUAUAAAACUGAUAGUGAGAUGUGUCGUACACAGACAAUUGAAGAAAAGUUUCCUCAUUUAAAAGGUCUUUCAGGAUCAAUUGAAUUUAAUUCUACAGCAAAGUCAACGGAUAGUAAAAGUGUUACACAAAAUAUUAAAAGUGCUUGUUGGGAUGUGCAAAGUGUAUCCGAAAAAACUGUUUCUAAAGGUGGCAGUAUUGAAACAUUUGUUAAUCCUGUCCAAGUGGAAAGACUUAGACCCAUACGACAAAAAACAAAGAAUGCUGUGGUAAAUAUAUUAGAAUCUAAUGAAGUUUGUUUAGAAUUUUUUAAACUGAAAGGAAAGGAAGAGAGAGUGGUAGAAGUAUUUCUUAUAUCCUCAGAUGGACAACAGAUAUCAAUAUGGCAGCCAUAUUCUGGACAUAGUAUUGAUAUGUCAAACCAGUUUGAUACAGAUGUUCUGUUAGAUCCACCAGUAAAAACAUUCACAUAUAAAUUAUUACCUGAAAAAUAUUGGAAAAAAUACCAGUAUGCUGCAAGAUUUGUAGAUUUAGUUCGUUCAAAAACACCUAAAGUAACAUUAUACACUCAUCGAUCUAAAUGUAUGUUGAUGGAAAAUUCUCCUGAUCCAGAUUUUGAGGCUAUAUUUUAUGAUGGAGCAAAAUUUACAGCCAAUACAAAAGGUAUGAAGAUUAUAGAAACUAAUGGUACUAGUUUAAGUUUGGAAUCUACAGAAGCUGAAUUAAGAUUAUCUUCUGAAACACAAAGUUGUUUAGAAUUUGUUAAACAGUGUCGUCAGCAGUGUUUAGAGUUAGAAUCAGCUAUAACAAGUGUACAAAAAACUGGUAUAUUAAAAGAUCAACUCUUCCCUGUUAUUGUAGGAAGACGCCCCAAUUCAUCUGAUGGUAGUGAAAGUAGUAGAACACCAUCAACACCUAGUGAUACUAAAAAUACACCUACUCCAAGUGAACCAGAUGCUUCUAAAUUUAACAUUAAAUCAAUGCCCAUGCCAUCAUUUAAUGGAACUGUUAUGUCUUCUAUGAGUGAAACUAGUAGUAUAUCACAUAAUCUACAUAAUGAUACAAUAUCUACACAAGCUAGUUCACCUGAUAGUACUAGUAAUAAUAAUCAUAUUAAAUCACAAGUUAUUAGACAGAUGUUUGUACCUCAUGUUGGUUGGGCAGCUCAGCAUGCAAGUGGAGAAAUCUGGGUAAAAUUUAAUGAUGGAUCCCAACUAAGUGUGAAAUCUUCUGCUACUACUGUAACCUAUUUUGAUAUUCAUGGAAAACUUUACAAAUAUCAGAAAACAGACCUGCUUCCAGAAACAGUUAAAUCCAAACUGGAGAAAGUUCCAAUAGUGUUAGAAUAUCUUCGUACUAAAUUUACUCACAAUAGUCACAAUACUCGCCCAUUGAAAUAAAUGUUGUACAUGAUGUAUCUCUCUCUCUUCAUGUAAUAUACAUCCUUCUUGUCUAUCAAAUACUGCCUUAUACCAUGUAAAUAUGGACAACUGUGUGUAUGAUACAACUGGUUAUUUUAGCAAUGAGCAAUAUAUUUUCAUAUAAAUAUGUGUAUGUAUUCAUUUAAUGUUAUGCUAUUCUGUCAAAUGUGUAAAUGUGCCUUUUGUGUAUGUAGAUAUGUACUAGAUUACAUAGAAUUAUAUAUAUUUUUUUUUGUUUUUAUACAUUAGUUUUGAUUAGUUUGUACAUAUAUAUAAUUAUGUAUUUAUAUAAUAUUCAUCUCAUUGUGCUAAUAUCUUCAUUCGUUCAUUCAUUCAUUCUCAUGAUCUGUUUAUAUUUUUAAAAUAGAAGUACAGUAUAGUAUUUAUGUUUAUUAUUUAUGUUCAUUUAUGUGUCUAUCAUUUUUACGUCACUGAUAUUAUAUAAGUCUGCACUUCAUGAAAUAGCGAAAAAAUAAAACAAAAAGUUUUUAUCCAUUUUAUUUAUGUAUUUAUAGAAAAUUAAAUAUGCUCAAUACCAUCCUUACACAACUCAUAUUAAUCAUCAUUUACCUUGCCAAAAUCAUUGUUUUAAAAAAAUAAUAAAACAAACUACAUUAUGGCACUUUUUUUUACUACAAAAUGAAAUAUUGUGAUAAGAAAAAUGAAAGAAGAAUUCUGAUCUUAGUAUAUUUUUAAAACAUUAAUCAAAUAUUUGUAAUACUAGCACAGUAGAACAUAGUGUAAUAUAAGCAUGUUUAAUCAAAUAUUCUUUAAUUGUUAAUUAUUUUUUAUUACGAUAAAUUGUUGAUUUACGUAUAUAUUUUUAUUUCAUUAUUUUAGAAAUAAAGUC